AUGGCAGAGAAUUCGAUUAAUUGUUGGCUUUCCAGCUCGAUUCUAAGUAUUUUCACCCUCUUUUCCUGUUUGUUUGGACAUUGUAAUUCGGUUGAGCAACUUGCUAGAUAUGAUACCUUUACGAUUUCAAGCUUCAAUUACCCAGAAACCCAGAUCAGACCUUUUGAUAUGCGUUAUAUAAGAGUUGAUUUACCUUCGUGGUUCUCUUCAAUGUCAAUAGCAUUGAAGUCGAGUGUCAAUCUUGAUAUAAAUAGCUUCGAAAAAAUUCCUAGAAAUGUGCUGCCGAUGAUGUGCUUCAGAUAUGGCAGCCUCCCGUUACCAGAUGUCUUGAGCAGUUCAAUGAAAGUUGCACUAUCUAACAGAUCUUUUGAAGGAAUACAAUUACUUCAAACUUCAGAGCAGUGCUAUCCUGUUCCAAGAAAUCUGACAAUGAAGUUGAUGAACGAGCAGGUU